GACGAUUGGAACGGAUUACUGGCAUUUCCAUUCAUACCAAUAGGAAAAUAUGACCUGAGAUUUAAGUUAAGUUACAAGCACCACUGUAAUAAAUCCCUCAUUUCAUGACAUUUUUUCUAGUUUUUCAAAAUCUUUUUUUGCAGCACAGUUUCUUUGUUUUGUUUUUUUUCCUUAAUGCUAAAUUUAACUCAGGACUGGAGAGCCCCACCCAUGCCCUGAGAGCGGAUGCCGACCCCAGCGCCCAAAGUGCCUCCGCCACCUACAUCACCUUAGCCCAGGAACAUCCUUAUGACAGACACAUAGAAAUCAUCCUGCACCUCAGCGAACCGCACAGCCCACUGGUCAUAAUAGAGAACGGAAGGCUCUCCUUCAGCCAGUAUGAACAGCACAUCCUUUCUCGACGUGACUUCAUUCGCUGCACCCGCAAAGAUCCUGAACCUGAGAGGAAGGUGGAGUUUAUGCGGAAGCGCUACCACAAGGACAUCCUGAACAACCCGGUGUUGAUGCUCAAUUUUUGUCCUGAUUUCUUGGCUGAACCUCUGGAGCUGAACAAAGCCACCAGAGAAAUAUUGUUCCUUGUUGACUGGAAUGGCGGCAUAAGUGGCACCAACAUCCGUCGUGUCAAAGUGAGCACUGGCCACAGUUAGUCAGGUGUACAAAAUCUAUAAUCAUUUUUAAUUAACUCUAAUACACACUGUUGAAACACACUGGUAAACUGAAAAAGUUUUUGUUUUUAACUAUCACGAACUUGGAAUUUUGUGGCUGCAACACGUUUCCAAAUAGCUGGAACAGGGUCAUGCUUACCACCGUGCCA